GCAGAAACGCAGCGGCCUGGGCAGUGUUGACGACGCGGAGCUACCCGAUCCGUCCGAGAUGGAAUCAGAAACGGGCGGGACCACUCUUGGGGAUCCCUGCCUUGCUGGCUGGAACUGGGCUCCUUGCGCCUUUACAGGCAGAGGUGGAGGAGACACUGAAGCGACUUCAGAGCCAGAAGGGAGUGCAGGGAAUCAUCGUGGUGAACACAGAAGCCCUUUGCCUCCAUUUUGCAAUGGAGAAAACUGAGUCUAGAAAUUCAGUUGAUUUGCCUGCCGUUACAGAGCCAAGAUUUCAUUGCAAGUCUGUCUGAAUGCGGUUGUACUCUUCCUCAUACUUUCUGUGAAGGACCAGAGAGUGGCUGCAUUCCUAUUAAGAGCACCAUGGACAAUCCCACCACUACACAGUAUGCCAACCUCAUGCACAACUUCAUCUUGAAGGCCCGGAGCACCGUGCGUGAAAUUGACCCCCAGAAUGACCUCACUUUCCUUCGAAUUCGCUCUAAGAAAAAUGAAAUUAUGGUUGCACCAGAUAAAGACUACUUCCUGAUUGUGAUUCAGAAUCCAACUGAAUAAGCCACUCUCUUGGCUCCACGCACCAUUCCUUAAUUUAAUGCCCCCUAAGAAUAAUAGUGUUAAUCAUGUCAACCAACUGGCAGGUGGAAAUCACCUUAGAGCCCAUGCAGACCAAUCCAGUGACCAGUGUGGGCUGCAGCUCCACCCCACCCACCAAAGGCAUCCCUCUGCUGGCCAGUUCCCCCGAGUACCCAGGAGGGCCUCUUUCCUCAAGUCCGGGUUUCAGAACAAGAGCUUAUGAGAGGCCCACACCCUGCUUCCUCCUGACUUUCAGUUCACGUUGUUGCCCUUGGAAAAGGCUGCUUUUCUUUAACUAAAAAUAACUGAAACUUGC